AUGGGCAAAAUUUCAACAGUCGCAUGUGAAUUAAUUGAAAAUCAAUUAUUUCAGGGUACUGGAGGGAAAAGCAUCUACGGCCGCACCUUCAAGGAUGAGAACUUCAAAUUGGUUCAUACUGGACCUGGAGUGCUCAGCAUGGCUAACGCUGGACCAAACACCAACGGCAGCCAAUUCUUCAUCUGCACUGUCAAGACAUCAUGGCUGGACGGGAGACACGUUGUCUUUGGCCAGGUUCUCGAAGGCAUGGACAUCGUUCGUCUGGUAGAGUCGUCGGAGACUGACAGAGGUGACCGUCCGAAGAAGAAGGUGACCAUCAGCGAGUGCGGGGAGCUUCCAGUGGUCUAAGCUUUAGACAGAUCUCUGUAUCGUCUCCCAUUCCGGCCUCUAAAUUUUGCCAUGAACUCGUCUCGUUGGGCUACCCUUAUCCAAAUAGUUAUGGAUCAUGCUGAGUUGGAAUUAAUAUCUCUAAGCAGCGAGUAAUUAUUGGCGUAACUAGUGUUACAGCUAUCAAGUUCUCAUGCCUAUGAGUGGAUCAGGUUUGGAUGCAGUUUUGAUCAGGGAGAGUCGCAGUGAAUAAUUUGCAACGCUGAUGGACAGUUUGUUAAGACUAUGUGACUUUUUUUUAUUAGAUUACAAGAUCUGGAUCAAAUAAUACAUAUGUAUGCGACUUCGCAUAUAUGUCUA